AUGGCCGCCGCUGGCGCAAGGGCUCAGAAGCCCGUCGGCUCCGCCGCAUGGAUCGCCGCAGAGAAGGAAAACAUGGCGGAUCUGGUUGAGCAGGAGCUGGAGGAAGUGGAAUACCCAGUCCGCCAUGAAAUGGACUGGCUAAAUGAACAUAUGGCUGAGAUCUUCUCAAAGGGCCAAGCAAAUUUUACAGAUGUGUUUAAGACGCCGGGAAAGAUGAGAGGCAAGACACCGCGGACGGCGCGGAAGCGGAAUGUGGAAGAGAACCGAGUGGUUAGUUGCUCUGGAUUUACUGUGACGAAGAAUAUCGUGGUGAAGCUAACCUCCCUUCCUCAGCCACUAAGCGAGAUCUUCUCGUCCGCUCACAAAACUGUGGAAAACAAGGCAGCUCCCAGUCCCAGUCCUUUCAUUCAUCGUAUCGUAUCGAAAACCAAUGCGACAGCAACUACAUCCGCAUCCGCAGCUUCCCCCGCCAUCUCUCGCUCUAAGACAUUGGAAAAGGCCUCGCAACCACAAUACCCGGACCUCACCCAGAAUUUGAACUCUUUCUCCCAGUACAACACGGACUCGGGGUAUCAUGGAAUGCAGGACGAUGAUGAAAUGAUCCUGCCGGAUACACAGCCAAACACCCAGACGUCCACGCAGCCGUUCGAGGCAGACGAGCAUGCCGUAUUGAGCCCUCAAGUGGAUGUCUCGAUUGACCAGCAACCAACAGAGGAUUCUUUCCACUCAGCGCAAGAGAAUGUUCGUUUGCGUGGGGAAACCGUUGAGCCGGUGAACAUUGAUCCGACCCCAGCAAAGGAACGAAUUACACGCCCCGCAGGGUCGGUUUCUAAGGCUCCGGAACCAGAAAUGGACUCGACGCCCAAGGCUCGGAUGCAGCCUAAGUCUAAGAUUGCCACGGCUGCUAAAAAGCGGCAAGAAAGCCCAGUGGCUCAACAAGUAAAGGAAAAGACAAUGGAUGACGAACCCUUGUCAAAGGCUGAAGCUUCUCCGGAGGUCUCAAGAGCCAAGGAGCAAAACCUUGGAAGCCCGGACGUGGAAAUGGAAGAGGCAGUCAACGAUACAAUUCUCGACGACAACUUUGAUGAUAUUGGGUCUCCAUCCGAUGGCUCCACUCCAGAACGAUUCCCGAUGCGGAAGAGCAGCUUGAACUUUGCAUCCUUGCCAGCGCGAGAGCCUCUGAAACCCCCGCGACGCUCCCGCACAUCUCAUAUUGACCUUCAGAAGUUGAGCAGUACUGGCCGCCCUAGUCUGCUAGGCAAGCAAUCGGGAGGGCGCAGGAUGACUCAAGAAGCGGCAGAGGAUGAAAUGGCCGACGCCGGUACAAAGGAUCUAGAGAACGCGAAGGAUGCGGAAGACACUAUGGACGUGGAUCAGGUCAGCAAGAUCCACAACCAGAAGUCGACGCAGAGCCUUCAUGAUAGGAUUAGUAUGCUCGGGAAGCUUCAGCCAUCCCGACCCAAAAAGUCAAUGGCAUCGAUGGCUGGCCUGUCUGCUGGUCAGGUGCCAUACCCAGAGCUUCCUGCAGCCAAGCCUGAAUCAAAGCCGGAACCUCCGAGUCAGAAGGAACGUCCAAUUCCUACCCAGGAGCCAGACGAAAUGGACGUGGAUGACUGGAUCAGGCCUCUGAGUUCGCCACAGCGUCUCGAUCUCACAAAGAGCAAAACCACAGACGUGAUGGAGAAGCUCUUCGACGUUGAACAAUCCACAAGUAAAACGGUUGGAAUGAAUGCUCGGGAGCAACAGUCUACUGAACCGGAACGUCCCAAGUCAUCAUACUCUAUAUUCUCCUCGCCACGCCCACAUGGUCACCACAAAACUGCUUCUGUGUCGAACAUUGCAUCAGAAGCUUCGACCACUCCUACUGGAUCUCCUCGGCGCUUUGAUGGACCCCCUCAGUGCUCCGCCAAGGGCUUGUUCACAAGCACUGGUGGCUCAACAAGACUCGAGACUUCUUCUCCCGAACAGCCGCGUCUUCGGCCCCAGGAACAAGCUAGUGCAGUUGCAGAAACCAAGGAAGAUCAGCGCGAAUCUCAGCCUCGCCAGAUCUCUAGCCCCCCACGGCAAGAAGGCCGUCGAACGCGGAGCUCCACGGAGAGAGAGGAGAAGCGUCGACAAAAGGAACGAGAUGAUCGAGAGCGAGAGGAAGAGGAAAUUCGACAGGAGAAAGCUCGCGAAAAGGAAAAGCAGCGAGCAAUGCAACUCAAGGCAAUGCAAGACAAGUCCUCUGUUGAGCCAGAAGAGAGACCAGGCAAUACGGCCCAACGGUCAAUGCAGCCGUCACGGCAGCAAUCCCGUGAGCCAGAGUCUGCUCACGAUGGGUCGCGGUUCGGCCUUCCCCAGCCGAAGCAAACCGAUCGACGCCCCAAGCCACCCACCCGCGAGCCAGCCCAAAAGCCCAACCCGCGGCCAGUUUCUAUCCGUGUCGGAAGCACACUCUCGCGUCCGAUGCCCAUACCUUCCUCCAUGACUUCCAAUAGCCAGGAGCCUGCUGCACCCGCUGCCGCUCCGGUUCCUGCUUCAAAAACAGCCUCUUUGAAAAAGAAGGGUAGCAACCAAUCUCUGCACACGUCUUCUUCAGCGAGCAGCUUCAAGAGCUCUGUCUCGAGUCAAACGCAGGCACAGCGGAAGAAGAAAGAGCAAGAAGAGCGUGAAGUCCGUCGAAAAGAGGAGCAGAGAAAGGAAGAGCAGAAACGCGAGGCAGACAGGAGACGAGCUUUACAGAAACAGCAAGAGGAGGAGGCUCGGCGUCAAGCUGAGGCCGAGCGAGAACGCGCCGCUCAAGAGGAUCCCAAGAAGAGUGCCCACAUGCGGGCAAUCGAGAGGCGACGACAGGAGAAUAACGCUCGGAAACACGUGCGCCAGGGUAGUCAGCAGGUGGUCAGCGAGGCUCCCCCACUCCAGCACGAGAGGCCUGCAUCACAAGCUGCUCAACGGAAUGACUUGGGUGCGACAAGGCCAGCAUCGCGCUUGGGCUACGGUCGAACCAUCAACCCACCAGCACCGAACCCCGCCAAGCCGCCCAAGAGAAAUAUGGAUGAAGAAGCGGGCUAUCGGUCUGCAGUCACUAAUCCUAGUAAUGCCCAACCUUCUGGUGAGGCCAAGCGACGCAAGACUGAGGAUGAGCAUAACCCUAUGCAGCCCGUGCGACCUACUAUGGCACCUCCUAUCCGUCAGUCAAAUAUUCGCAAGGUCGACAAUUUGCAUGUGUAUUCUAAUGAACUUGCGAAGCAGCCUUCUAUGUUUGGAGGACAGCCUGGCUCUUCCAUCUUCAAAACUGGCCAGCCUCAACGACCCGCUCACCCAUCGGAGUUGGCCAAGUAUAGCAACAACAAGAUUCCAUUCGCGGAACCUAACCACGCGCCACCCCCAGCUGUACAGAAGCCUGCCGCGCCUGGCUCUGCUCAGCGACCUCCACCUGUGGCUAAGCCAUCGCCGAAGUACCCAAGUGGUGAAAGCAUCCACCUCCCAGAAAUCGCCACGGACAGCGAAGAUGAGGAUGACUCGGACUCCGAGAUGUUCCCAGUACCCAAGUGGGCUCAACCUAAGGAACUGGAGGGUCUAUUGCGACAGCAGGACGGAAUGGAAGUUGACUCCAUUUUCGGUCCCAUUGCGCCGUUCUCCCUGGAAGAGACCUUCAAAGCCGACAAGAAGAUCAAGAAAUACCGUGACCGCACCAGUAGCGCCAACUGGAACGGCCCAGACGGUCUCACCCAGGAGGAGAUUCGCAAAGAUCGUAUCGAGCGGCAAAAGCUGCGACUCAAUGGUGGUUGGUCAUUCCAGCAAUAA